CUGCCUCUCUCAGACUCUCUUCCAGAGCCCCGAGGAGGGCUGGCAGCUGUAUACCUCGGCCCAGGCCCCGGAUGGUAAAUGCGUAUGUACUGCCGUGAUCCCGGCACAGAGCACCUGCUCCCGUGACGGCCGGAGCCGGGAGCUGAGGCAGCUGAUGGAGAAGGUCCAGAACGUGUCCCAGUCCAUGGAAGUCCUCGAGCUGCGGACCUACCGUGACCUGCAGUACGUCCGCAGCAUGGAGACCCUCAUGCGCAGCCUGGAUGCGAGGCUCCGGGCAGCUGAUGGCUCCCUCUCGGCCAAGAGCUUCCAGGAGCUGAAGGACAGGAUGACGGAGCUGCUGCCCCUGAGCUCGGUGCUGGAGCAGUACAAGACCGACACGCGGACCAUUGUGCGGCUGCGGGAGGAGGUGAGGAACCUCUCGGGCAGUCUUGCUGCCAUCCAGGAGGAGAUGGGCGCCUAUGGCUAUGAGGACCUGCAGCAGCGCGUCAUGGCCCUGGAGGCCCGGCUCCACGCCUGCGCCCAGAAGCUGGGCUGUGGCAAGCUGACCGGGGUCAGCAACCCCAUCACCAUCCGGGCCAUGGGGUCCCGCUUCGGCUCCUGGAUGACUGACACGAUGGCCCCCAGUGCGGACAGUCGGGUCUGGUACAUGGACGGCUACUACAAGGGCCGGCGGGUCCUGGAGUUCCGCAGCCUGGGCGACUUCGUCAAAGGCCAGAACUUUAUCCAGCACCUGCUGCCGCAGCCCUGGGCGGGCACGGGCCAUGUGGUGUACAACGGCUCGCUGUUCUACAACAAGUACCAGAGCAACGUGGUGGUCAAGUACCACUUCCGCUCGCGCUCCGUGCUGGUGCAGCGCAGCCUCCCGGGCGCCGGCUACAACAACACCUUCCCCUACUCCUGGGGCGGCUUCUCCGACAUGGACUUCAUGGUGGACGAGAGCGGGCUCUGGGCCGUCUACACCACCAACCAGAACGCGGGUAACAUCGUGGUCAGCCGGCUGGACCCGCACUCCCUGGAGGUCAUGCGGUCCUGGGACACCGGCUACCCCAAGCGCAGUGCGGGCGAGGCCUUCAUGAUCUGCGGGGUCCUCUACGUCACCAACUCCCACCUGGCCGGGGCCAAGGUCUACUUCGCCUACUUCACCAACACGUCCAGCUAUGAGUACACGGACGUGCCCUUCCACAACCAGUACUCGCACAUCUCCAUGCUGGAUUACAACCCCCGCGAGCGGGCCCUGUACACCUGGAACAACGGCCACCAGGUGCUGUACAACGUCACCCUCUUCCAUGUCAUCAGCACCGCGGGGGACCCCUAGGGCUCAGGCUGCCCGAGGGCUGCUGGGGGUCCGUCCCUUGCUGCCUGCAUCCCUUCCGGUCUGUCUCUGUGGCCCCUUUUCCCUUCCUUCGUUUCCUUUUCCCACCUCUGCCCAGCUUUUGUUCUCUGCCCUUCUAUUUCUACCCCUGCAUUUUCUCAAAUUAUGUCUCUCCUCCUUUCUGGAUCUGUUUUUGAUACUCCAUUUCUUGGUCUUCCUGCCUUUUUUAAUUGAUGUCCCUGUUUUUUAAUUUUUUUUGUGUGUGUGGUACUGGGGAAUUGAACCCAGGGCCCUUGCACUGAGCU